UGCGCGCAGCCGCACGCCCCGCCCCGUCCCGUCGCUAUAAAGGGAAGGCGGGCUGCGCGCUCUCCCCUAAACUCGAUUUGCCGACUUGGAUCCAUUUCCAUCGGUUCUUAGAGUGGCUCGUGAGCCCCCCAACAGUGAAGAUGGUGAAACAGAUAGAGAGCAAGGUUGCUUUUCAGGAAGCCUUGGAUGCUGCUGGAGAUAAACUUGUAGUAGUUGACUUCUCCGCCACGUGGUGUGGGCCUUGCAAAAUGAUCAAGCCUUUCUUUCAUUCCCUCUCUGAAAAGUAUUCUAAUGUGGUGUUCCUUGAAGUAGACGUGGAUGACUGUCAGGAUGUUGCUUCAGAGUGUGAAGUCAAAUGCAUGCCAACUUUCCAGUUUUUUAAAAAGGGACAAAAGGUACGUACAUCUCACCUUUAACAACUCUUAACUGGACAAGAGGAAAACUGGUAU